CCAAGCGAAAAUAUAGUCAAGGGAUAUGCGAGUUGAGAGUGAUUUAUUUGGUAUCAUAUAAUUCUUCCUCUUCUUUUUUUUUUUUUUGCUCCCUAUCAUUAUAUAAAGACACAUCACGUACCUAUCUAGCUACCUAUAUCUUUACAAACUCUCACAAACCAAAGAUUAAUCCAUCCAUUGAAGAAUGAACAACGCAUCCACCUCUGAGUGCAGCAGUGGCUGCGAAUCCGGGUGGACUACGUACUUGGACCACCUCUCCAACUCCACAUAUCCGUACACACACCAACCCAAAGGAUCAGCCAAUGUGCAUGAUCAUGAAGUUGAUGAUGACGACGAUCUUUCUAUGGUCUCGGAUGCCUCAUCGGGGCCUCCCCAUUUGCACCCCCCUCCGCCUCAACGAAAUCAGAAAACUAAAACAAAAGAGACAAAGUUGAAGUCCAAGAAGAAGCAACAUAGCUUGUGCCUUGAUGACACUGCUAGCUCCCCUUUCUUGCAUUUCUCUCAGGGCAAUGCAGUCCCACCUGAAAAUCAUCACUCAAUUUCUACUGCACAUUUUGAGGUGCUUUUGUUACCUCAGUUAAUCAUUUCUUCCCCUUUUUUCACUUGUUGUGAACCAAGAUUUACGCGUUUUCACAUUGUUUAGGAAGAGAGGAUGACAAAAAUGAAAGUGGGAUUCUUCAAAUCAUCAGGUGAGAAUUUGGGUUGAUAUAUAUAUAUAUAUAUUUUACUGACAUGAAAUUUGUUAGCCAACUAGGCCUAAUUUUGGCUUGUGCAUCUUUGCAGGCAGUUUACUGGGAAGAAAAAGGCAGUAACUAAGAAGCCAUAUGUAUUUUUUUUCUUUUUUCUUUUUCUCUGUUUAUUCUGUGCUUCAAUUUCUCAAGAAAUUAAGUGGCAGCUGAAAUUCAAAUCUAAA